AUGGCUGAAGAAAACAUUGUCCAGUUGAAUGUUUCAUUUUAUUGCAAUGCUGGACAUGAUUAUGUUGUUGAAAUAAGCACCAAAGAUGAUGAGAGCCUUAUUAAAGAUAUACGUGUUCUUCAAGCUGGUAGAUGCAAUGAUGACGGUGAAAACCUAUCGGGCAAUCAACAACGUGACCCUAUUUUCAACGCCAGUUUGGAUUAUACGGACAUUAACGUAGAAAACGUGGACGUCAAGCUAACUUUAUAUUCUGAUAAAAUUGGAAUAACGGAUAUAGACAUUGAUAUUAGUUUGUCAGAAGCGAUUAAUGACACAUCUGCAAAUUCCACACGGCCUUUUAAUGAAGAUGGACUCGAACUGCGCUCGUAUUUGGAGAUAUACGUAAUACGGGACUUGCAAAUUAUUGAUGUCAUAUUCAUGGUGACGGUGUACGUUCUAGAGAUCGCGGAGAUGUUGACGUUUGGGACCCAGUUGGACGUUGACGUCAUCAGGAAAACGUUGAAAAAGCCGCUACCUGUAUUCCUUGGUCUGGCAUGCCAAUACGCCGGUAUGCCAUUGAUAGCAUACGGCCUGGCGAGGGCGGUGGCCGUGGACUCUCUGGCGGCGCUGGGGAUCUUUACAGCGGGAAUCUGUCCGGGAGGCGGUGCCAGCAAUAUCUACUCAUACUUACUACACGGUGACCUUGCCCUCUCAGUUACCAUGACAACCAUAAGCACUGUCUGCGCUUUAGGGAUGAUGCCGCUAUGGCUGUACACGGUAGGCGGCAUGUUCUACCAGAAUUGGGACAUCUCCAUCCCAUAUGUAGACAUCCUCGUCGCCCUCUCAGUUAUCAUUCUCCCCCUGUCUGUGGGGCUCUUCAUUCAGUACAAGUUCCCCAAAGUUGUGGACAGGCUGGAGAAAAUGAUGACUUGGAUAUUAACUAUUCUAGCGUUGAUUUUAAUUGGCACGGGUGUGUAUUCCAGUCUGUAUCUUUUAAAACUUUUUAACGUGACGGUUAUCAUAACCGGGUGCGCAUUGCCGUAUAUUGGGUUCAUACUUGGUGGGUGUGUCGCAUAUCUAUGUGGACAGUCUAUGGAACAAAUAAAAACCAUUGCCAUAGAAACCGGGAUGCAAAAUACCGGAAUUGCCAUCAUUUUAUUGUACAACACCCUACCCCCACCCGUCGGGGAUUUGUCGUCGGUGGCGCCGAUCGCAGCGGAAGUGUUCUCCCCUAUACCACCCCUUUUCGGCGCCGUGGUGUACUUGAUACGAGGGAAAUGCUGCCAGAAAUAUAAAACCGUAAAGACAAAAGACAACGAAAGCUUAAAAGACGAUAAUCACAAUACAAAUGACGACCAUGAUGACGAGUGA